GAGAAAAAGCCCAGGAGAGCUUGCAGGAGCUUUUUCUCUCUUCCCCCCUCCGCCUCAUCUGCGACGAAGUUGCGGGAGAGGAAGGAUCCCCGUGCAUCCUGUGCGCACUGAAACAGAAGAAACUUUGUGUUAAAGUUUCGCGGUAUCAGCAGGGGAAUGCACUGAAAGAAGCAAGCGCGUCUACCGCGCCGUAACUGGGAAGAAUCUACGGAUUACACAGCCUGCGCUUUAAACCCGCUUUUUCAUGCGUAAAAAAACCCCAUCUGCUUACCGGACCGUGACCGAACUCUCCUGUCUGCUUAACUAAGACGUUUUAUGAGAAGUCGGCGCUCUUAGGUCAGAUUAAGACCAAGGAAAGUGACUAUGCCGGUUUUGUGCGGUUCUUGAAGGCUGCAGACUGAGAAGAAGUUCUGUCAGAGAUUCUGAGAAGCAUCGAUCUGUCCGCUCCAAGGGAACGAGGAUUUUGAAAGCUGAAGACAUGAGACUGUUUGUCAUCUGCGCACUCCUGCUCCUGUUAAAAGUUACCCUUGGAGAUGCCUGUGCCAGUAACCAGUUCACUGAAUCAGGGCAGUGUUGUAGUCUGUGUCCCACUGGCUUCGGAGUGGUGGCACAAUGUGGGAAAGAGGAUACCAAGUGUGCACCGUGCCCGCCGGGAACAUUUUCCUCAUCUGAAGGUCUCAAGCCUUGCCUUCCCUGCAGCAAGUGCCCACCCAGGGUCCCCAUGGUGGCCUCCUGUACGGCCAAUCAAGACACGCAGUGUGAGUGCAAGAAGGGCUUCUUCUUUUUAAUCGAGGUGUGCUUGCAUUGCUCCAAAUGCAACCGCGGUGAGGGAGUCUUCCGAGAGUGUGGCCUUCAGGGAAACACAGUGUGCCAACGCUGUGGCCCGGGAACAUUUUCUGAGGAGCACGAUAGCACCAAACCCUGCCAGAACUGCACCCAGUGCUCUGACAGCGAGGUGGAGAUCCGAGCCUGUAUGCCCGACUCUGACACGCUCUGCAUGGAUAAGAAGCUGCACAUUCUAUCUCCCCCUAAGUCUGAUAGGCCUCGCCUUUCAGGUGGAGAGGAGGUGGUACAGGAAGGGAACACAAGUCCUGCCCCUGGAACAUCCAAGCUUCCCCCGCAGGAUGAGGGUGGCAGCAACAACAUUCUGGCUUACGUGUCCGUUCUGGCUGCCGUGGUGCUGGGUCUGCUUCUUUAUGUGGCUUAUAAAUGCUGGAGAUCGUGUAAACAGAAGAAGGCUCUCUCUAAGGCCCGUGCGGCUGAGCUGGGAUCGUCUCCAGAAGGAGAAAAACUCCAAAGUGACAGCGGAGUUUUUCUGGACUCUCACAGCCUACAGGACAACCAGCCCAGCAAAGGUACUAAGAGAGACAGCAAGCAGGACACCCGUCUGUACAUCAACCUACCCCCCCACAGACAGGAAGAGGUGGAGCGCCUCCUGCAGGAGGGAGGGAGCCGGGGGUGGAGGCAGCUGGGCGCAGCACUGGGUUAUGAGCCUGAACAGCUAGACCUGUUUGGGCACGGAGAGGCCCCCGCCCACACGCUCCUCUCUAACUGGGCCCAGAAAGAAGGCUCCACUCUGGGACUGCUGUGCUCUGCACUGGCCCGCAUCGAGAGGCUUGAUGUUGUUACGGCUCUUAACUGCCCCACGCAGGGUGUUUCUGUGGUCUGACAGCUUUUCAGCCAAACGCGUCACACUCACAGACUCGAGUGAAGAACUUUGAUUGAAAUGACAAGGGAGGCACUCUGAUAUCAACAUCUGUCACUGUUGGAGACUGCCACUGAUGGUUCUUGUUGCUUUGUCGGACACUUAUAAUUCAGUUUUUUCACUACGAAAACAAAGAAUAUUCUUAUUCUACCCCAGUUUAUGUCCCCAUUUGAUUUUACAUGGAUCCAACUGCAUGAAAGAAUCUCCUUUGAUGUGUCGGUUAUUGCUACAGAGCAAAUCACCAGUAACAAGGUGAAAUGAACCGACUGAAUAUAGAAUAUGUAAUGUUCUUGUGAAGCCUCAGUGGCUUUAUUAAUGGACACUGUGGAAUCCUGGGCAGAUUGGAUUAGACCUACAGUUACCUCCACGUAUGCUUCCAUAAGUACAUUUGCAAGUUGCAGGAAACAGAAUAACGUGCUGCGUGAGUGUGAUUUUUCAAAAACCACUGUUUACAUGUUAUUUGGACAGUAAUCAGAUUUUUUCCCCGCUCCAUCUAAAGAACAUGUUCCCUCCGCGUGCUAUUGUAAACAAACACGGACGGCUUAGAUCAUCAUGCUGCUAGUCUGGCAAGCCUCCUUUUAUGAAUCACAACUUCAGCAACCGCUUUGGUAUUGCUGUAGAUUUUUGCCAAAAGGAGAUGGUUUCUUCCAACAACACUGUUUUCCAAUAUGACGUGAUUUUCCCUAUUUGGGCUCAUUUCCGUGUACAUGUGCACGCUUAAGAAAACCCAACUAAGAGUUUACAUGGCCAAGUGAUCAGAUUUCUUCAGUAGAAAUUCAGGGUUGAAUCCUUUUAAUCAACCCUGAUGAUGCUUGCAGUCAUUAUUUUCUUUAUAAGAACACUUUUAACUAUUGUGUAGGUAGGAACUACUCACCAGGCUAUUUUUAAAAAUCGUUGCCCUGUUCUGUUUUUUCUUCUUCUUCUGCUGCAGCCACUAAGUAGCCUUGGUAUUUAUUUCCACUGAGGAUAUAUUAUGCACCACUGAUGUUUCAAAUCUCAUCAGAGAUGUGAAAAUGAAGCAUAGAUAUAAAAACACCUUUCUUAGCUCUUCCUAGUAAUAAUCCUCUAUGACUGUAAAUAUCUUGAAUAUUGAUUUGUUUUGAUAAGUCAUGGCUUAAAGUGAGAUCAUUUAUGAACUGUGAAGCCAGAAGAAAAGGAAUAGAAAUGAAUCUAUUCCCCUUACAUUCAAAAUAUGCAGUUCUAUUUCUUUCAACUUAAUUUCUUAUAUUAGAGAUAGAAAAAAUAAUAAUCCAAAGACACUGUUAAUAUCAAUCCUCGUGUCCAUUUAGUAUUUAUUUCAUCAGCUUUUCAAGUCUAAAUAAAAUCUAUGAGAACUAUGGACAUCUACAGUGUAGUAGUUACACUGUAGGUGUCCUCAGAAGGUUAGACUUUUUUCACCAGCCAUGUAUGGUUUUGUGUAUAUAUUUCCUAAAGGUAUGCCUCUGUGUUUUUGUAAGAGUUUUAUUCAUUUAAUAAAUAACUUUGAUAAGCCA